UUUUAUAGUUAUAUUAUUUAAAUUAAUAAAUUAUGGACUCAACUAAAAACUAUUAAUUAAUAAAUUAAUGACUCAACUUAAACCUAAUUAAAACAUGACAAAUAAGCAAAAUUACCUAAAAUUAUGAAAAUUAUGAUAAAUAAGCUAAAUCACUUCAUAAAUAAUAGUGUAGAUAUAUGGGUAUGUUCGAUUAAUGAAGAAAGUACAAAAGAACAAAAAAUAUUGAAGAAGUUUACAAAAAAAAACUAUAUAUAUAUAUAUAUAUAUAUAUAAUGAAGAAAAAGAUUCUUUUGGUCGUCCUUGCAUGCCUUACCGACAUAUCAAGUACAUCAAGCGGAACCCUAGAACAUUUGUAAACAUUUUUAAUUAACUAGUUGUUUUCAAAUUUCAACUAGUAUUUAAUCAAUAAUUUGUGUAAAUUUAAAUUUAAAUUUAAUUUCGCCGGCUUGACUUCUUAAUGAGAAAAUUUUCUAAUAAAUGCAUUUUCAAAUUGAGCACUAGAAAUCAGUAUGAACCCCAAAACUCUAUUACAAAUAUAAACCCUAAAACUUCAUUUACCUCUUUUUUUCUUUUUUUAAACUUUGAUUGCAUAUUUAAAUGAAGCAAAUGAUGACAUAUUACAUGUACAAUCCUUAGUAAACCCGUAUCAAAUUCUAACCCCAGAUAGGAAAAAGAAGCAGUCCCAACGUAAGUAUCGGAUAGUAAAUUGACCCAAUUAGUAAACCCAUAUCAAACCCUAAAACUUCAUUUACCUCUUUUCUUCAAAAACUAUCCGAUUCUUUUGUAUGAAAAAUCUCCAAAGUCGCUAGAUAAAAUGAUCAUGUAUAUAUACAUAUUCUAUAAUAGCUAUCAAUAAAAGUAAUAUAAAAAAAAUCUCUAAUCCAUAUGAGUGAAAGGUAAACGAAACAUGCGUAUGUAUAUGCAUUAUGGCUGCUUAUACAAGAAAAGAUACAAGACGACCUUGGACGGAUGCAAGAGAAGAGACUCGGUGUACGAUCAUGUGCACCCGCAAAUAUUUUAUGUUAAUUAUUUGUACAGUAAAAUAAGAGAAAAAAUAUUAGAGAAAUGAAAAAUCAUCUUCGUUGCAUCCAAAUCCAACUAAUAUAUUUGAUAAUUAUAAACUCGCCCAACCUCAUAUAUAAUUUGGAUGGAUCAGGCCGGAAAUGCGUUACAGCCUUGCAGGGCUUUGGUAAGUUAGUUAUAUCUCUGUUGAACCGACAUAUAUGAGUUUAUAUCGUUUUUUUAAUAAAAUGUAAUGACUCAAUAGGAGUCGGAUACGUGUCACAUUACAGCCUGAUGCUUCACAUAUAACUGACAAUACUAUUGUUAAAUGUUGGUAAACCGUCCAAAGAUUUAAAAAAAGAAUUAAAUGUAAAGAAUCUUGAGUAUUCACACUAUAUAAAACUAGAAGCGGCAUGGGAAGCUUGUGGUAUAUAUCUGGCAAUAUUCGAAAAAGUAAAAUAUUUUCUUGAUCUAUUCGAGCUUCUUUCUAACUUAUCUUAUUUCUAUAGCUCUCUUUCUCCCUUCUUCUAAGAGAUGAAAAAAAAAAUAUAUAUCUGAUCAACACGAUGGAGAAACACUGUAAAUUAAAUGACAGUUUAUUAGGAGGAUAGUAUAUGAUGUCCUUUUCUCGCAAAUACAACUUAGCUUAGAUUCAUCAUUAAUUCCCACAAUUAAAUGGUCUAGUUCACACCUAAAGACCCAAAGCGAUCAUUUUCACCUCUACGCAAAGGAUGAAUAAAUACUUUCACCUCUGAUAAUGAUCUCUGAAAGGUAGCAUACGGCUCCUAAAACAGUACUCCAGGCACCUGUACAGUAACAUAUAUUCCUUUUAUCAAUGUGCUCUACUUCCUUAUGUUUUCAACCAAGUCCAGCCAUCAACAUUGUCAUGCUCUCUCUUUUUAGUUUUUUAUAAAAAUUCUGAGAUAAAGGCUGGAAAGUCUUUUUUUUUUUAGGGUUGGAUAGUCUAUUUGUACAUUUUUGGAAGUUUAGGUUUUACAAAUUGAUUAACCUAUCCAAUUCGAAAUGCAACAGUAUAUAUCUUGAAAGCUCGAUGAAAGAAAAAUCUAAACAAAGCAAAGAACGGCCUAACAAAUUGAGUCUGAUAAUAGCCAACUCCAUCAAAUGGAAGUUGAUUUACUGGUACCUACUAGACAUAGCCUUCACUCUAAGUGCAUCAACAUUAAUGAAUUUAUGUAAAUGAGCUCUCAAUAUAAAUAUCUAAAACAAUUUAUUAUGUGCGUAAAAUUUAAUGGUGAAAAUAUAAAUCUAUCAAGCAUUAAAGUACGAGUGGCGUAUGAGUCGCUUAUCAUUUUUUUUUGUAACUUAAACUUAGGCUUUCCCGUAACUCGCUUAUCAUUUUUAGUGUUUUCGAGUGAGAGUUUCUCAACUUUGUAUCUUUUUUUCUCAUACUUUUUACUAUUUUAUGAUUAUUUUUUGUAAGAAAAUAUUUUGAAAGACUAGUAAUGCGGAUGCUCUAAGUAGCUAUAGAGCACAAACAAAUAAUGAUUCCUGUCAAUGAAAAGUUCAAAAGGAUUUUUUCAGUUUCAAGAAAAAGUUUAAAAGAAUUUUUGUUAAAAUGACAAACCAGUUGUUAUUCUAAUAUGAUUUUUAAAAUAUUUUACAAUAUAUUAUAAGGCCAUUGUUUUAAAAUCAUUUAAAAUUAUAGAUUAUAGAAGAACUUAAAUUAUUUUUACAAUGUUAGACUUACAGCAUACACAACGGUUACAAUGUUAAGACUUACAGCAUACACAACUGUCGUUUUUGUUUGAGUUUCUCCAAAUAAAUACAAUAAUAAAUAAUGAAAAAGAAAAUAAAUAAUAUAAAAGUAAAUAAAAUAGUGAAACUAAAAGAGUUUUCCCCACAAAAACUUUAUAAAAAAAUCUAAGGUCCACUUGGAUUUCAACGAGUGGAUUAUCUGAUUUAAAAAUGAAUAAAAUAUUAUGUAGUUCUAAUUCAUGUGGUUUUCCUAUCUCAGGUGGUGUUCUUUGUUGAAUUUCUUAGUAAGAGAAUCUAAAUUAUACGAAUUUAUAUGAGAUUUUAGAAUUUCUUAACUAGAAUCAUAUUAAAUUUAUCUUUUUGAUAAAAUAAAAACAUCAUCAUGGUAAAUUCUUAAUUAAUUUACCUAAAAUCAUGUAAAAUUCAGUACAAAACAAUCCACUUCGUUUUUUUCAAAAAAAAAAAGAACAAUCCACUUCAAAUCUUCUCAAAUACUAAACUUUAUACAUCCUGGUAUAUAACCUAUCAAAACAUACAGACCCUUUUUUUUAAACUAAUACAGAACUAUACAUGUACACCGAGUUUAAAGAUUUUCACGUGUCUCGCUCCAUUUUAGAAGAUUUACCCCGAUUAUAUGGAUCAUCUGUUAAGUUUUUUCCACAUCAAAUAACUUUGUCAACUUAAAAACUUCAUGAAACACAAAUUUUUAAAUGUUAAAACCAUGAAAAAGCGUUACAUAUGUAUGCUGGGCAUUACAAAACUCAUUUGGGACUAGAUAGAUACCCUUAACAACAUGUCUAUUAAUUUAUAACGUAUUAAUUAUCAUCGCUAUGUACGACAAAAUAACAAGAUCAUUAUAACAUUAUUCUAUUUUGAGAAUCUACAUCGUGAUUACACCCUACUGUCUGGAUACUGGAUAGGAACAAAAGUAGACCAUAUACGAAGGACUUUGUAAUUGGUACGCUGUAUAAUAUAUAAACAUUACCUGAAAAAGACUUAAAAUAGUACUCUUAUAUACCACAAAUAAUAAUUGUAUCUAACACUAAAUGGUUAAAUCGUCUGUUGACUAUAGAUUAGAAUUCAUAAACGGCGUGCUUGGCUUAGCCAUGUUAAAUUUAUUGUACAAAAGGAUUAUUAGUUGGUCAUUCAUGAAUCGGGAUGUGAUCAGAAGGAGUUGAAAUCAUGCGGACCAUAUACUUAAAUUAUAAAAUGUAUUUAAUUAUUAAUUAUAUAUUGUCUAAAUUAAAUUUAAGGCAAACGCAAAAAAUAUUCGUCCCACUAAUAGUUGGAGUGCCUCACCAACCAGCAUGCUCGAUAGAUUCUAGACAACGUCAAUUAAUUCAUUUAGCAAAGAAACCGUUCAAGUUAUGCUAUUAUAACUUUUCAAAAAAAAAAAAAAAAAAAAGUUAUGCUAUUAUCUUGUUUUAUAACCAGACGACGACUACCAUGUUCUCUCUUUUUUGUCAAUAAAUUCUUGAUCUCUUUAUGGUUUACUUCCUACCUGGAUUUUGUCUUUGAUAUGUGGUGGGUAAAGCUUUCUUUAUUAUAUCGCCACCCUUUAGGCCAAUUAAAAAAAAAAUCAAUUAAGUAAAAGUUUCUUUGUUAUAUCACUACCCUUUAAGCCAAUUAAAAAAAAACUCAAUUAGGUUAAAACAUUAUAAUAAGUGGAAGGAAAAUUAAUUAACAUGCUGACUACUUGCUCGAUUAAAACAUUAUAACAAGUUGAGCAAAUGCCUCUAUCCUCUAUUUUUUCUCCCGAUUUAAAAAUCAGGAUUAUGUAGCUCCGGCUCGUCGGAGGCGUGUGAGAAGCCGUUCCGACGCCGGAAGCCUUUUUCUUCUACCUCAAUCUCUUUUUUUCCUUUGCACGUGAGAAGCUCCAGCUCGGAUGUGGAUUGUUGGUUGUUGGAGCAGUGGCGCGGGGUUGGUGUGGUCUCGGUUUGAGAGGUCGGCUUUUAGGGUUUGUAAGGGGUCCCUUUAGCCCCUUCGUGGUACAGUGGCGCAUGGAGGCAGUUCGGUGGGCUCGCCAACGAUUCUUCUUGCCGGUAAGGGCUGUCUGGUGGCGGAGUUUUGCCUUCUCCUAGGUGUCUAGUUAAGGUCACCUCUGACCAUUUCCGCCUUGAGAGCUUUGGAGUUCUGUUUUCUCAAAGGCGUUAGUAACCUCUUGUUGUCGGCAUGUGAUAGAGCUCGAUGUGUUUUUUUUUUCAGGUGCUGCUCCGGAGCGGUGUUGGAGGCGUCGUCUAUGGCGUCUUCAAGGCGAUGUUGUGGUCUUCCUCUAAAUCUCCUUUCUUCUUCCCGUCCUAUUGAUGCUGUCAGUCGGAGAGUUGUGUCGACUUGCUACCGACUGCUUCAUUCUUGUAUGAACGGUGUUCGGAGCUUGUUCCUUGGCACAUGAUCAGUUAUUGUCUCUGCCCGGUUCUCGGAAGAGACGAUCGACGAGGUGUUUGUAGUGUCUAUGUUUUGUCAGCAGGGCCUCUCCUCCCUCGGUGGCUUGAUUGGUGGUCGUAGAAUUUUCCAGCGUCGUGCACACAGUUGUGUUCACGGUGAUGUUGUUAUUCUAACGCUUGGGCAAGUCUUAGAGUGUUUUCAGCUUCGAUUUGUUUAUUUAUUGUGCCCGAUUUUUGUUAUUCUCCGCUUGGUCUAGAGGCUUUAUCAGCUCCUUGCUCUGAGUUGUUAGGCAUUAUAUGAGGUUGUGCAGCGGGUUUGGAGCAGUUUUCUCUGGGUACGACUCUUAUAUCUUCUUCUAUAUGCGUAUGUGCGUAAUUUCUGGUGAAAGUUAUGAGUUCCAAAAAAAUUUCCGGGAGUUAGCUACUCCAAAGAUGGUAUGGGACUUCCUGUCAUCCGAAGCAACGAGGAGAACCUCACUGUCCCAUGGUCAUCGAAUCCUAAAAAUUUAAAAAGUGAGCUAUCGGAUGGGCUAGGUUUAGUUGGUAGGCAAAGAUAGUUUUGUAAUACACUUGGGAGCUUUUGUUCAAAUUUAGCUUGUAACCGGAUUAAAUACCUUCGUUUUUCAGGUUGAAUAAAUCUAAUUUAAAAAAAAAAAAUAACCUAAUAAACCUAAAUAUAAAAAUGAUAAAGUUAUGUCUAAUUAGGACGUUUGACCCACAAAUUAAAAUCCUUAACUGCCCCCACUUUUCCAUGUACAUUGCACACAAAACAACAUGCUGACACGUGUAGUGUCUGUAUAUGUAUAGGUAUGUGUCUAUAUGAAUACCUGUAUUUAAUAAUGUAUUCAUAAAUUAUUAUUAUUUCUGUAAAUUUAUAUAUUCUUAUUUUAGAUUGUGAGAUAUCCAUUCUAGUAUAUCAUCAAUGUUUAUUAAUAUUUAUAGAAUAUUUAAAUUUUCUAAUUUUUAUUGUAAGUUAUAAAAAUCUAAUUAUUUAUAUGGAAACAUGUGUUUGAAAGUAUUUACAGAAUUUUUUAUAAAUAUUGAAAGAGAAAUCUACUUUAUAAUUUGAUGAAAUAUCUAUUUAAAAAUAAUAACGGUAAAGCUCUUAACUAUCACACUAUCGUUUUAGACUAUAUUUAAUCACCUUUUAUUUUUAAGCUUAGAUAUCUCAAAUUCAUUUAAGAAAUAGUCCGGAAUCAAAAAUAAAUAAAGGAAAGACUCAGUAGUCGGAAUUAUAAAUAGCCUGAUUCCUGGUGUUCGUUUAGCAGAGGCAUAUACACACACAACACACACGCACACAUACUCGAGAAUAAGAGAAAAAUUAUCAAAGGAUGAAACGCAAGAGAUGCGAGAUGGAAGAGGCAGCGAAGGAAAAGAAAAUAACAGAGAUUGGAUCAGCCAUUGAAGAACUCUCUGUUCUUUCUAUAGCCAAGACCACAAUAGUUACCACCGAAACAGAAGCCACCAGCAACAUCAUCAAUCUACCAUUAAAGCCUCUCCUCUCAUUUUGCAAAUUAAUCAUCCAAGUUCUUGAUAAGAUUGGCCCGACAAUGGCUGUUCUCCGACAAGACAUUAAUCAAAAUAUUCAAAGAUUAGAAGAGAUGUGGGAAUCUGAUCCUAUUAUGUACUCAAAUUUGGUUGAGAUAAUGAGAAAAGAAGCCAAUGAAGGAUCCUCUAAGAAGCCUAAAAGCUGUAGCAGAGCUACUCUUUGGCUAACCAGAGCGAUGGAUUUUACAUUGGCACUAUUGCAACGGCUGGUCAAAGACAUGUCACAAAACAUGGAACAAGCGGUUGAAGAAAGUUAUAAUUUGACUAUAAAACCAUGGCAUGGAUGGAUCUCUUGUGCUGCUUUCAAGGUGGCUCUUAAGCUGGUACCAAACAAUAACACAUUCAUUAAUGUGCUUGCGGGUAAAGGCGAGAGUCACCAGAUGGUUCAAGAUGAUAUAAGAAGUUUAAUUUCUUUGCUCAUUCCACUUGUAAGCCAACUCCAUUCUAUUUUGGAACUGUACGAAGUGCACAAACUAAAGUCAACGUGAGAAAGAGAACGGAGGAAGACCUUAAGAGUAUAGUUUGGUUGUAACAUAGUUUAACUUGUAGCAUCACUUUUCUGAUGGGUUUAUCAAUUUUCUUCGAAUGAGAUAUUUCAUCUCGCAUGCAUGCAAUGAUAAUUUUUUUUGAAACUAUAAUUUUCUUUUUUGGCACA